UGGACGCGUCCACCACGCGUUUCUCAUCCGUCCAAACUCUGAUCAAAGAUGUCUUCCUUACGCAGCGAAGUUGUUGAAUGGCUUGGUGCGACAGAAUCGGAGGAGGAUUCAGAAGCCCUAGUAAACGAAUGUGUAUCCAUAUGUCAGAUGUACAAUCUCACAGCAGAAGCCCUCAAAUACAAAUGGGAAGCUCUUUCGUACGGAAAAGCACAGUCGAUCCUCCGAUUUACGCGCGAAUCUGCAGCGGACGUCAAAGCCCAGAUCCAGCGCGAGAUCCAAGCCAAGAAUGCUAGCAAUGUGUCCAAGUCAGCGGCAGCUACCAAUUUUGCGCGCGGGAAGCUAGCAAAUUCUGCAAAAUUUGCUGGGGUUAGCGCUAAUGGCCUCACUGGGCCGCUCAAGGCUGCGGCUCAGCCGCCGAAAGCGCUCUUUGGGGGCAUGGCGAGUGUACAUGUAAAGCUUGAGCAGGACUUUGAUGGCCCGAUCGCUAGUUCUAGCAGGGUUACUUUUGUGGGUCCGAAAGAGGGUAGACAAAAUCGCGCUUAUCGAUACAUGUAUGAAACUUUGGGCGAACGGAGCGAAACUCUGGAUACACAACUCGACGGGUUUGGCGAACUUAUCUUGAAACAUUACAAGGACGUUGGUCAACUGGGCCAUCCCGGCGUUUUUUCCGAGGAAUCUUGUGUUGUUGUGGGCAGAAUCGUGCUGGACGCGGAGCCUUCUGGGCCAGGCAUUAAGUUGAACGAUCAAUCGCUGAUUCUCGAGGCAUCGCGAGCGCACGGAGAUGGACUCCGUGUGCCUCUGCAACUUGCACCAGAUCUCAAGAUACGGGGAGGGUAUAAAGGUUUAGGUGGUAUAGGCCUGUUUCCUGGUGCAGUUGUGGCGCUCAAAGGACGUAACGGUGGUGGAGGGUAUUUCAUCGCGUCUGAGGUUCUGGCUAUACCCCCGAUGCCGGCGUCUCCUGCUCCACCGAGUAACGUGGCAGCAAGUUUUGACGUGUGCAUAGCAUGUGGGCCAUUUACUCCAGAUGCCGACCUCGAUUACAAACCAUGGAAAUCUCUCAUUAGUAACCUCAAGGCAUCAAAACCCGCCGUUGUCUUGCUCCUCGGACCAUUCGUAGACGCUACACAUUCCUACAUACAGGACGGUCAGGUCGAAGAGACGCCGUCAGACAUUUUCAAACGCCAAUUUAUUGGUCCCCUCCGCAAUUUUCUUUCCCAGUCACCAACAAGCACCGUCCUUCUCGUGCCAAGCGUAAAGGACAUCAUCAGCGACCACGCAGUCUUUCCUCAAUGCGAGCUCGAUGAUGAGUUUAGUGGUGAUCCGCGGAUACGGCUCCUCCCUAAUCCUGCCCGCUUUGCACUGAAUGGGAUUUCUUUCGGUGUAUGCAGCGUGGACGUCUUGUAUCACAUUCGGAAGGAGGAAUACUUUAGGCGUGGAGAAGAAGUAGAUUCUAUUGUAUGCGAACCGGAGGCUGCCAGUGACCCUAUGUCAAAUCUCGGCAGAUAUGUUUUGCAGCAACGAAGCUUUUAUCCGAUCUUCCCUGUUUCCUUGGACGUCGCGCAUGAAGUAAACCUUGACGUAUCACAUUCCGCACAGUUGAGAGUCGCCGAGAGUCCGGACGAUCCAGCCCCUGACGUGAUGGUGCUGCCCAGUCGGUUGAAGCAUUUUUCAAAGAUCGUGGACAAUUCAGUCGUCGUCAACCCGUCAUUUUUGACAAAGGGCACCUAUGUCACUCUCUCUUAUUCUGGGCAAGGAACGGGAUUUCCUAAAGACCGGAUAUCGGCUGAUAUUGCAAGGUUGUCUUAGGAUACGUGAGGUGACUCCUCCCGUGAUUUAGCAUUUGAUGUAAUUGCAUGCUAUCCAUUGCUGUUUUCUGACACGCCCAU